CAUCCUCUGAAAAUGUACCCAUGGCACUAGCAGGAUUAAAUUACUAGGUACGUUCCUAUCCUAUCGUCAUUCUCUCGCGUGGCUUUGCAGCCCGUCGCUGCCGAUCUCUCAGUCCCAGGCAUGGGGUACAUUGUUCACAAACAACCCUCCAUUAGGCCCAAGCCCAACAGCCUAUCCAGCUGCUUCCAGCUUUCCACACAGGUGAAACCACUUGUCCUUUUUCCGCUUUGGAUCCUGGUGAUUACAACAAGCCCCCGCACAAAGCAAACAACUGGGACCCUGCGACUAAUCGCAGGCCUGCCGUCUUUGGACACCUUACCCUUUCAAGCGUUCGACAGGCUGCGGCACUGAAUGCCAACCUCUAGUUUCCUUUGAGAGUGGGCGCCGUUGACGACCUGGCUGGGCAAGCAAAUUGCGGGGUACGUCAGAUUUCUGA